GGUACGACCUCGCAGGCAACACAUUGUCGUUUUUGGAAGGGCGCCGUUCUUUUGCGCGCAAGCCCUCCUCCCUCACCUUCGAGUCUGCCGCUGCUCUCCCUGUCGUCGGCCUCACUUCCCUGCAAGCCGUGAGGGACUGCGCCAGCCUUCCCCUCCCGGUAACCAAACCGGGUGCAGAUAGCAGUGGUAAAGGCGAGAGCACCAGCACAAGCAGGAGCGACAGCAGCAGGUGCAGCGCACGAUUCCUGGUGGCGAAUAUGUCAGGGGGAGUGGGGCAUCUGGCAGUGCAGCUGGCUAAGGCAGCAGGGGCACAAGUUUCUUCAUCUGCCAAUCCGCCUAUCUCUGGGCAGUAUUAUGUGGUGAUUGAUUGCUCGCCCACCAGCCUGGCAGUCUCUGCGGUGGGCAGGGUUCUCCGUCCCCAAGGGAGGUGGGCGCAUGUGGAGCUUCCGCUCUCUCUGCUCGCUCUGGGACUCUGGCGCCGCUUGGCUCUUCGCCCGAGGAAACUGCAUCCUGCUAUGAUGGCGAACAGGGAGGGUGAUCUGGAGGUGCUGGGGAGGAUGGCGGAGGAGGGGAAGGUGAGGGUGGUGGUGGAGAGUACUGUGGCGUUUGAAGAGGCGAGAGAGGCGUGGAGGAGGAGCAUGGGAGGGCAUGUGACGGGAAAGGUGGUGGUUAGGAGGAUGGAGUGA